AUGUUGUCUGUACGUGCUCGCCUUUCCUCUAUCAUCAACAAACGCACAUUUGCUACUGUAACUGAGGCUACCAAGAAGCCUAAUGUUGAUCAAAAAUUCAAGGUUGUCGUAGUUGGUGGUGGACCUGGUGGUCUUUCAGUUUCAUCUACUGUCUCUAAGUUGCUUGGUAAAAACCAAGUUGCUGUCAUUGAACCUUCUCUCAGACAUUAUUAUCAACCUGCAUGGACAUAUGUUGGUGGUGGUCUCAAGGAUUUCAGCGAAUCUUUCAAGCCUAUGGGUGAUGUUAUGCCUAAUGAAGCUGAAUGGAUUCAAAACAAGGUCGUUUCAUUUGACCCUGACAACAAUACUGUCAAGCUUGCUGAUGGGCAAACUGUAGGAUAUGAUUAUUUGGUUGUUGCAGCAGGUAUUCAAAUCAAUUGGGAUGAUGUCAAGGGCUUAAAGGAGGCUCUUGGUAAGGAUGGUGUCACAUCCAACUAUGAUGCUGAUAGUGUUCAAAAGACUUACAAGUUCCUUCAAGAAUUCAAAGGCGGUAAUGCUCUCUUUACCUUCCCCAACACUCCCAUCAAGUGUCCAGGUGCUCCUACCAAGAUUGCUUUCUUGGCUGAAGAAAUUUUCCGUCUUUCUGGUAUUCGUGACAAGACCAACGUGAUUUACAACACUGCUGCUGCCAAGCUUUACGGUCUUGAUUAUUAUGCUAAAGUGCUUGACAAGUUAGCCGAUGAACGUAAAAUUGUAGCCAACCUUCAACAUGAAUUACUUGAAAUUGAUGCUAACAACCACAAAGCUGUUUUCAGAAACAACACCAACCAAGAAGUUAAGAUUUUUGAAUACGAUUUCAUUCAUGUUGCUCCUCCUCAAGGACCCCCCAAUUUCAUUAAAGAAUCCAAGUUGGCUGAUGCUGCUGGCUGGGUCGAUGUCAACAAAGAUACUUGUCGUCACAACAAGUACAAGAACGUCUUUUCCUUAGGUGAUUGUUCCUCUCUCCCUACUUCCAAGACUGCUGCUGCUAUCACAGUUGAAUCUGGUGUCUUGAAAAAGAAUUUGAUCGCCGAUCUUCAAGGCAAAAAGAUUGAGCAAGCCGUCUAUGAUGGUUACAGUAGUUGCCCUUUGGUUGUUGGCCGCAACCAACUCAUUUUGGCAGAGUUUUCUGGCUACACUAGUAAGCCUCUUGAGACUUUUCCCGUCGAUCAACGUCAAAUUAGUAAGACUGCUCAAUUCGUGAAUAAGGAAAUUAUUCCUAGAAUUUAUUGGAAUGGUUUAUUGAAGGGCACAUGGACUGGUCCUACUACUGUUCGUCGUCUCUUUGAUCCUAUCCGUCCUAAGCGUGAUUAA